AAAAAGCUGCGCGCAACUCUAGUGACCUCAAACUCUUUGGACUGGGUUUCAUUACAAAUACUAACAAUACCAACACUGGAAGACCACCCGUUCUCCAAGGGAAUUGCCGUAAGAGGAGAUGGAAGUUUUCCCUUUGCUCUUGGUUUUGUCGCUCUGGGGGUCUCGAACCUGGCACUCGGCGACUGCGGAUUCGAUCAUUCACAUCGGAGCAAUUUUUGAUGAAUCUGCCAAAAAGGAUGAUGAGGUGUUUCGCACAGCGGUUGGCGACCUCAACCAGAAUGAAGAGAUCUUACAGACUGAGAAAAUCACAUUUUCAGUGACGUUUGUGGAUGGCAACAACCCCUUUCAAGCGGUUCAAGAAGAUAUCCGUGGAAUACAAGAAUUUUUGGACAGAGUCUCUCAGCAGGGGAUGGAUGUCGCACUUCAGAAGGUAGAAAAGAACAUCAAUAAGAUGAUCACAACUCUCUUUGAUACCAUGAGAAUAGAAGAGCUGAAUCGCUAUCGAGACACUCUCCGGCGAGCCAUCCUGGUGAUGAAUCCUGCCACAGCCAAAUCAUUCAUUACCGAGGUUGUGGAGACUAAUUUGGUUGCUUUUGACUGUCACUGGAUCAUUAUAAAUGAGGAAAUAAACGAUAUGGAUGUGCAGGAGCUUGUAAGAAGGUCAAUUGGAAGGUUAACAAUUAUUAGGCAGACGUUUCCAGUCCCGCAGAAUAUAAGUCAGCGAUGUUUCCGUGGCAACCAUCGAAUAUCUUCAACACUGUGUGAUCCAAAGGAUCCAUUUGCUCAGAGCAUGGAGAUUUCUAACCUUUACAUAUAUGACACGGUGCUACUGCUCGCUAAUGCUUUUCAUAAAAAGCUGGAGGACCGGAAAUGGCACAGCAUGGCAAGUUUGUCCUGUAUCCGAAAGAACUCGAAGCCCUGGCAGGGAGGAAGAUCCAUGCUGGAAACCAUCAAGAAGGGUGGAGUUAAUGGGUUGACUGGAGAACUAGAAUUUGGAGAAAAUGGAGGAAAUCCCAAUGUCCACUUUGAAAUUCUUGGAACCAACUAUGGAGAAGAGCUUGGCAGAGGUGUUCGCAAACUUGGGUGCUGGAAUCCCGUCACAGGCCUGAAUGGAUCACUGACUGACAAAAAAUUGGAGAAUAACAUGCGUGGUGUGGUUCUACGUGUGGUGACUGUUUUGGAAGAACCUUUUGUAAUGGUUUCUGAAAACGUACUGGGUAAGCCAAAAAAAUAUCAAGGCUUCUCCAUUGAUGUUUUGGAUGCCUUAUCUAACUACCUGGGAUUUAACUAUGAAAUAUACGUUGCACCGGAUCACAAGUAUGGAAGCCCACAGGAAGAUGGGACGUGGAAUGGCUUGGUCGGAGAGCUCGUCUUCAAGAGAGCUGACAUAGGAAUUUCUGCUUUAACCAUCACCCCCGAUCGUGAGAAUGUGGUGGACUUUACCACACGUUACAUGGACUACUCAGUGGGCGUACUCCUUCGAAGAGCUGAAAAGACAGUGGACAUGUUUGCCUGCCUAGCACCGUUUGAUCUCUCACUGUGGGCCUGCAUUGCUGGGACGGUCCUUCUGGUGGGUCUGCUGGUCUACCUCUUGAACUGGCUUAAUCCCCCGCGAUUACAAAUGGGAUCAAUGACAUCUACGACUCUCUACAACUCCAUGUGGUUUGUGUAUGGAUCCUUUGUACAGCAAGGUGGGGAGGUCCCUUAUACUACGCUGGCUACCCGAAUGAUGAUGGGGGCUUGGUGGCUGUUUGCUUUGAUUGUCAUUUCAUCAUACACAGCAAAUCUUGCUGCUUUCCUUACUAUAACUCGCAUUGAAAGCUCCAUCCAGUCUCUCCAGGACCUUUCCAAGCAAACAGAAAUCCCUUAUGGCACAGUGCUGGACUCCGCAGUGUAUGAGAACGUUCGCAUGAAGGGACUGAACCCUUUCGAGAGGGACAACAUGUAUUCCCAAAUGUGGCGGAUGAUCAACCGAAGCAAUGGAACAGAGAACAAUGUUCUGGAGUCCCCAGCAGGCAUUCAGAAGGUAAAACAUGGAAAUUAUGCUUUUGUAUGGGAUGCAGCUGUAUUGGAAUAUGUAGCUAUCAAUGAUCCAGAAUGUUCCUUUUACACUGUUGGGAAUACUGUGGCUGAUCGGGGAUAUGGGAUCGCAUUGCAACACGGCAGUCCUUACCGUGAUGUUUUUUCACAAAGGAUCCUGGAACUCCAGCAGAAUGGUGACAUGGACAUCCUGAAACACAAAUGGUGGCCCAAGAACGGCCAGUGUGACCUGUACUCCUCGGUCGACACGAAGCAGAAAGGAGGCGCCCUGGACAUCAAGAGCUUCGCCGGCGUCUUUUGCAUCCUGGCAGCUGGGAUCGUGCUCUCCUGCCUCAUCGCCAUGCUGGAGACGUGGUGGAACAAGAGGAAAGGCUCCCGGGUCCCUUCGAAAGAGGAUGACAAGGAAAUUGACCUGGAGCACCUUCAUAGACGUGUAAAUAGCUUGUGCACAGAUGACGACAGUCCCCAUAAACAGUUUUCCACCUCGUCAAUUGACUUGACCCCUCUGGACAUUGACACUUUGCCAACACGACAAGCCCUGGAGCAGAUCAGUGAUUUCAGGAACACUCACAUCACCACCACCACCUUUAUCCCAGAGCAGAUCCAGACUCUUAGCCGCACACUGUCCGCUAAAGCUGCCUCCGGGUUCGCUUUUGGCAACGUGCCUGAGCACCGAACUGGCCCUUUUAGGCACAGGGCCCCUAACGGGGGCUUUUUCAGGAGUCCGAUCAAAACAAUGUCAUCUAUACCUUAUCAACCAACUCCUACCCUGGGGCUCAAUCUGGGCAAUGAUCCAGACCGAGGCACCUCCAUAUGAGCAGCCAACAAUCUCUCUUCACUGUUUCUUUUGUUUUUUAGGACUCCCUUUGCAAGGAGCAACUGUAAUAUUGUGGGACUAACAUGGAUGUAACUUUUAAAAAAGGAGAAAAAAAAACAAAAAGCAAAACAGGAUGAUGAGUAACAAUUCUAGUUCCUUCUCCCCACCUUCUCCCUCCUUCUUCUCUCUAUUGCUUUCUCUCUCUCUUUUUUCCCUAAGUUCUCCUCUAUUUGCUUCGACUUUUUUUCAUUACUCAACUCGUUCUCCCCCAGAAUAUAGCAUAUUAGGAUCCUAGUAGUCUGCUUUUCAUAUACUGUACUUCAAGUAUAGGAAAUGUGCACUGAGUAUACUAAGAAGUAUAUGCAGGAUUAAUUUUACAUACAGGCCUCUAACGUAACAUUGCUCUAUUUUUAAGAAGAUAAUCGCAAUAACUUGAGUCUUUCUACAUUCUUCUGCUGCAUCCACACAACGCCCCAACUGCUGUUGAGUGUCCUUGAACUGUGGGCUAAAGACAAACCAGGCGGUGUUGAUGCAACCAUUGAAAGACCAUUCAGGCCACAGAAUAUGAGAAUGCAAUUUUGUAGGAUUACAAAAAAAAAAAAGCCAUUAAUACGCCAGUUAAGACUACAGUUAAAACUACUCUCGCACUGCAACAGUGCAUAUGACCUUCAUGUGAUUGUACAGUAUUACAAGUUUUUCUUAUGUACAGUAAACUUGAUCCUAUGGCUGAAGCCUCUAUUGUGUUGAAUAAAUUAGUAUCUCAUAUAUAUAUGCACCGAUAUAAUGUGUAUAUAUAUAUUUAUAUAUAAGAAGGCAGCCAUUGCUAUUGCAAUUCAUUUAAUAAAGCUUUAGUUUUAAAAAUGCAAGUAUUGUAUACAGGAACAAUGUAUAGUGCAGGAGGCCUUUUUGGUUAGAAAAGGCAGGUUGCUUUAAUGUUAUUCUGACUCACAUUGUUUGCCAACAGAAGAUAUUUUAGACUUUUGUUAAUAAAACAUCCAGGGCAAUUUAAUAUUUGUUCCUAGAUGUAACUCAUCUGAAUAGGUUUUUGCGAUUGUUAUUCUGCAGUGUGUAAAGCCUAACACCAAUCAUUUUACUUUUAAUUAAUUAUGACUGGAAAAUGCUACUAGCUGAACCACACCCACAGCAGCACCUACAGCUCUGUAAGAGUUUUCAAGGCAGAAGGUUAAAAAAAAUCCUCUCCCAAAGCAGUAAGCCAAUUGAUAUAAUAAUUGUAUUAUAGGGUGAGAGCCCAUACGAAGCAUUGAUGUGGCCUUAAUUGCCAUCGCACAUUAUGCUAAAGAAGAAAAUGUAAUAACCACCCCAGCCCCUCUGCUUGACCCCACCCCCUUUUUCAUUCAGCCCUAUUGGGAGGAGUUAUGUAUUUUUUUUAUAUUAGUGCCAACUGUAUAGAAGGAUGACAGCAAAAACAGUGCCUCAGUGUGCACGCCCUUUUAAAGCAGCAUUCUUACCUGUUAGAAAUGUAGAAUGAACUUUGUUUGUAACCCUUACAUUCAAAUGUGGUAAGUAGGAGGCAAGCACUUAUCCUGUGUUUUUAUGCAGCCAUACCUGUAUUUUAAUCUCAUUCAGUCUGUGGCUAGGAUUGAUAGAGGAAUCAACCUAUGUGAUUUGCUUUAGGAGAAAUUAAAAGGUAUAUUCUUAAGGUAUAUUCUAUUUUGAUGCUAAUUCUGUUCUGGGGAGCAUCUUGUACUGUCACUGUUUUGUACUAAAUCUUCAAAUAUUGUCUACUGUGUAAGGCAGAAAAAUUUCUUAUCACGCAAAAACCAUUUCGUUUCCAGGGUAACAAGUACCUAAGAGCAUGCACAACUUGUUUUCCCUUGUAACACUCAUGAUCUCAUUCACAAACUCUGAUUUUAAAAACAAACAAAAAAUCUUUAUGACAAGCUCUAUAGGGACAUACCAGAUGUUGCAGUGAUUUUAGCUAUCAACAAUCUGUUAACCAUGUACAAUAUUUAAAAUAGGCUUAUUUUGAUGUAUUGCCUAUUAUACAAAUACACAAAACAUUUUUGGAGGCCUCAGUUAUGAGUGGCAGAGCUUUCUGUGUAUAAUUUGUCUACAUAAUUUGUCUAAUAAAAAUGUUUUCUAAA